AAACGCUUAAUAAUGAAGAAAGUCUGAGUAGAGUGGCUUGCCGUUCUCGCUGUACGUCUCCUAAAUAGUCUUCCUGUGUGCGCGUAGGGAUCUCGUGCUAUAUAAGAGAGUCGGGACCGGCGCUACAUUCUCUCUCGGGUCUCGCUACCAAGAUGACCAAGAAAAGAAGGAAUAAUGGUCGUGCCAAAAAGGGCCGCGGCCACGUGCAGCCUAUUCGCUGCACCAACUGCGCCCGUUGUGUGCCCAAGGAUAAGGCCAUUAAGAAGUUCGUUAUACGGAACAUAGUAGAGGCUGCCGCCGUCAGGGACAUUUCCGAAGCGAGCGUCUUCGACGCCUAUGUGCUUCCCAAGCUGUAUGUGAAACUACAUUAUUGUGUGAGUUGUGCCAUUCACAGCAAGGUAGUCAGGAAUCGCUCUCGUGAAGCACGGAAGGACCGAACACCCCCACCCCGAUUUAGACCUGCAGGUGCUGCCCCACGACCUCCACCAAAGCCCAUGUAAGGAGCUAAGUCCUUAAGGACUGAAGAAAAGCUGUUCUCCAGAAAAAAAAUAAAUGGCGAUUACACUUCA